AUGGCGGCGACGAGGAGCAGGAAAGGGAGUGUGAGUUUAGAGGGAAAGAAGGUUAUAUUAGUCCCUUAUAUGGAAUCCCAUGUUCCCAAAUAUCAUGAAUGGAUGCAAAACCCUUCUCUCCUUCAAGCUACUGCCUCCGAACCUCUUUCCCUCGAGCAAGAGUAUCAGAUGCAACUUUCAUGGUCAUCUGAUCUCAACAAAGAGACCUUCAUUAUCUUGGAUAAGGAUUUGCUUAUUGGAACCUUCUCACACGGCCAACCUCACGUCCAAGCCAUGGUUGGUGACGUAAAUAUUUUUAUGAACGACAUCAAUAAUCCUCAAAUCGCUGAGAUUGAAAUUAUGAUUGCUGAACAAUCCAGCCGUCGCAAAGGACUUGGAAAGGAGUCUGUUCUCAUGAUGAUGGCCUUUGCUAUUCACAACUUAGGGAUCAAUAUCUUUCAGGUCAAAAUUGGAGAAUCAAAUCUUCAAUCCAUCAACUUGUUCAGAAAAUUGGGGUUUCUGGAAGCUUCACAUAGCAACAUUUUCAAAGAGGUGACUUUGGAGUUGCAAAUAACACCAGCCAAGAGUGAGGAGAUGCUUGGUUUGAUGGGUACUCUGAUCAAACACACUUAA